AUGACUAAAGGUAACGGAGAAGAUCCAAAACCUGGAAGUAGGAUGGAACGCAUUCAACAAGGAGUCCGGAAACGUACACUUUUGGCAAAAAAAAAAGUGCAGAGCAUAACAAAGGAUGAUGUUAAAAGUUAUUUAUUGAGGAAUGCCUUUGUGCUCUUCACCAUUGUUGCUGUGAUUCUUGGUGUAAUCCUUGGAUUUUCUCUUCGAUCAUAUAAGAUGAGCUACCGGGAAGUCAAGUAUUUUUCAUUUCCAGGAGAACUACUCAUGAGAAUGCUGCAAAUGCUUGUCCUGCCACUAAUUGUAUCCAGUUUAGUCACAGGAAUUGCUGCCCUGGAUAGUAAAGCAUCAGGGAAGAUGGGAGUCCGAGCAGUAGUCUACUACAUGAGUACUACAAUCAUUGCUGUACUGAUUGGUAUAAUCAUUGUGGUCAUCAUCCACCCUGGGAAAGGUACUAAAGAAAACAUGCACAGAGAAGGCAAAAUUGUGCAAGUGACAGCAGCAGAUGCCUUUCUUGAUUUAAUCAGAAAUAUGUUCCCUCCAAACCUAGUGGAAGCUUGCUUUAAACAGUUCAAAACUAACUAUGAAAAGAGAAUGUUUAAAGUAGACAUUCCAUCCAAUGGCACAUCCACAGUGGCUUCCAUAAUAAGCAAUGUGUCUGAAGCAAUGGAAACCCUCACUCGAAUGAAAGAGGAACUAGUUCCUGUUCCAGGUUCUGUAAAUGGAGUGAAUGCCCUUGGCUUGGUGGUUUUCUCAAUAAGCUUUGGCCUGGUGAUUGGAAGCAUGAAGGAGCAAGGUCAGGCAUUAAAAGACUUCUUUGAUAGCCUUAAUGAGGCUAUCAUGAGAUUGGUAGCUCUAAUCAUGUGGUAUGCUCCUCUUGGAAUCCUGUUCUUAAUUGCUGGGAAAAUUGUUGAGAUGGAAGAUAUGGGUGUGAUUGGUGGUCAGCUUGCCAUGUAUACUGUAACGGUUAUCAUCGGUUUGCUAAUUCAUGCUGUUAUUGUCCUACCUCUUCUCUACUUCCUGCUCACUCGUAAAAACCCUUGGGUAUUUAUUGGAGGCUUAAUCCAGGCAUUAGUCACAGCUUUGGGAACAUCUUCCAGUUCUGCAACACUACCUGUGACCUUUAAGUGUCUAGAAGAAAUAAACGGUGUGGACAAACGAGUUACAAGAUUCGUGCUCCCAGUUGGUGCUACAAUCAAUAUGGAUGGAACUGCUUUAUAUGAGGCUUUGGCUGCCAUUUUCAUUGCACAGGUUAACAACUUUGAUCUGAACUUUGGGCAGAUUAUCACCAUCAGCAUCACGGCUACAGCUGCCAGUAUUGGGGCUGCAGGCAUUCCUCAAGCUGGACUGGUCACUAUGGUCAUUGUGCUUACAUCAGUAGGUUUGCCUACAGAUGAUAUCACUCUUAUCAUUGCAGUGGACUGGUUCUUGGAUCGUCUCCGUACCACAACUAAUGUCUUGGGAGACUCUAUUGGAGCAGGAAUUGUUGAACAUUUAUCACGGCAUGAGCUGAAGAACAGGGAUGCUGAAAUGGGUAAUUCUGUGAUAGAGGAGAAUGAAAUGAAGAAACCAUACCAACUGAUCUCACAAGAAAAUGAGAGUGAGAAACCAUUAGAUAGUGAAACCAAGAUGUAA